CGGUUCUUGGUUGCGUGUGAGCUGAUGAGCAUGGGGCCCUCUCACAUGCCUCUGUUUCGUUUCCGCAUGUGGGCGUGAGACAGUGGGUUGCGUCCUGGUUUAGUAUCUUUUGUGUUUUCGCGGAAUUCUCAGCACAGAUCGCCUGAACUUUGAUUAUUCAUUGUGAAUUAGGGCAUCUUUUUUGGCUGUCGAAUUUUGUGUGACGUCCCCUGGAAACCAGAAGAUACUUCCAAGUGUUCUGCAUACUCUUAAAAGGAUCAACAGUUAAAAAUAUUCUAAAUACCUUUCUGAUGUACACCUAAAGGGGUUACACUGUUGGACCUUCAUGAUCUAAAAUGCAUGAGUACAGCUGAAAAUCGGCACUGAGUUUCCCAACUUUUUCUGUAGACAUCAGUUUAGACAUCAUAAUUUCUUGUUUCCUUCUCAGAUAGACUUCAUCUUGAUCUGUUCAUUAGAUUUGUAUACUGCAUCAUAGUGUCAAGUUUUAUGGUGGUUACCUACUCACAUGCCCCUCAUACCGCCAUUUUUUUUCACUAACUCAUGCCGCCAUGUUCACCUGUGCCGGCGAAGGAAUGGCAAGGGAUUGGAAUUUGCAAGAGACCAAAGGUUUGGUUAAGGAAUUCAUAUCCUUGAAAGCGGAGAAACCUGAGAUGCUCACAGCCAGUGAGCGUUGGAACAGAGUAGCUGAGACGUUGAGAGAGAAGGGCUUCAACCGAAGCCACAGGAGCUGUAAAAAGAGAUGGUACAGACUGGAACAGUUCGAGGUUCAGAUCUUUUCAUUCAACAUGGAGGAUGGUAAGAAUAAAAACUACUGGGACUUGACUCGAGCGGAGAGGUUGAAGUUCUGUGAUAAGUGGCCGCAGCUGCCAUCCGGCGAUGCCAUUGAUAUGGAGCUAUUUGAUUGUCUGAAAAGAUUUUCUCACGUGUAUGAGAAAGAUGCGUCUAAAACAGCAUCAAAUGCAUCUACUACGGUCGCAAAUGUUGAGGACAAGGAGGUGAUACAUUCAGAGCCAAAGUUGGAGACCAGAAGAAAAUCAGCUUCACCACAACCUUUAAUUUCUACGCCACUUCCAACUCCAGCACCAUUGUCCCACCUCAUGUUUGCUACUGUCGAACGGAACAGGCAAGAAGAGCCCACGGACUCUGAGAAGCAAUCUACAACUACGUGGCCUGGUCAAAGUGUAAGUCAAGCUCUAUCCUCUCCGGAGGUUUUAGAUGGUUUAAAGCUUCAAGACCUGGAGCUCAGAGGCAGACGAGCAGUAGAGGUGUGGAAAAACAAAACGAUACUACCCUGCACCAACAAAGCCAGCACAUUUGUGGAGAUUAAUCAGCCAUCACAACAAAAAGCACAAACUCCGAAAAGACCCCUGAUUCCUGAAAGGCCCCUCUUCGGGUCAAUUAAAAUUAGUCCACCUCUUGACGUAACAAACACCACCGUGCUAGGUGAUAAUUCAACUAGGUUUGUGAGAAAAAAACGUGACCUCCACUAAGUCACCCAUUCAGUUCAAGAGGGUGAAUCC